CAUGAUCAUAUAAAUUGCCAGUAGUUAAUAGAGAAAAAAACAAUUUAUAUACGACUACUGCGGACAUGGGAUAUACAUUCAGAAUGCAAGCUCAAAAGCAAAUAAUCAGAACAUAACGUCAUAAAAUAUAUAUUCGAGUUUUUAAAAGCCUCGUUCUAAUUUCUUAUUUCCCAAAUUCUUCAAAUGAGUUCUUUAUUGAUUGUACCUUUGAGCCAUAGAGCUCAUACACAUCCGAAGGGCGGCGGUAUUGCACUAAUAUGCUUUGCAUCCGCCGUCAAACGACAAAAGUGUAGAAGAAGAAGACGUCCUAGAGCUGCUGUGUGUCCUGUAUCCAAGUCGCGGCGCCAACAUUCAAAUGUAAAAAUGGCGACCAGGGGGAAGUUUUCUUCUAACGUCCUCAAUAGUGCAAACAGUACAUUUGAAACCCAAAGCAUGGACUCCACUAUCGUCCGAGAAAAGUUAUUCGGCCAAACGGAAGAAGACGACGACGAACCAGUGGUGUUCAUCUGCGGGAAAUGCAGGCUCCCUGUCGGGGAUUCCUUGUCUUGGGGUGGAAGCGAAGACGGACAAAAUCAGAUACGGUUAAAACGGGUCACUGACAAUGUUUUGGUUGGAAAGGACGCUCGCCUGCAUGAAGCCAGCAAAGGUUCACUCUGUCUCAUUGUGGAUUUGAUGUGCCGAGGCUGCCACUCUGUGCUGGGCAUGAUCUACUCCUCCACCCCCAAGAGCCUGGACCACAAGAGAUACAUGUUCUGUUUCAACGUUGCCGACAUUGACAGCUACGUGCUGGGCUCUGCAAGCCAGAUGUUGGCAGCAGAGGGCCCCAAGGAGCAGCCGGUGACGCUGGAGUACAGAGGCCAUGUUGAACAGCAGCUGCUGGAGAUGAAGAUGCUGGUGGUGUCCAUGGCUCAGAGAUUGGAGGAGAUCGAGGGCGGCCUUCAGGAUGGAUGCAAUGAGGCAUGACACAAAUGGUCAACCUCGUUCCUGUGUCUACCUCUGUUCAAACAAAGGCAUCCUGGCCCCACCCUGACCCGCUCCUUGCCAUCCAUCACGUUGUCAGAAGGGCGGGGGGGGUGGCCUCGUGACGCCACCACCUGAGCGGAUGCUCGCCGGCAGCAGAGUGCUUGUGUCAGCACAUCAGCGCCUCAAUCGAUUCAGUUGCCUUUGUCCUCCUUCACAUUUAUGUUUGGCACAUUCUGUUGUUUAACUCGUUAUAAAUAAAGUUGUUCCCAUCUGGA